GGUAUUCUUUUCAGAGCAGGCGCUCUGUUAAAAACAUGGCGGCCGCUAUGGCCAAACCAAGUGCAAUUGUGCAAAAUUUUAUUAUCAAAUUUCGCGAGUUAUUCAGUGCGACGUUGUUGAGAAGGCCUCGCGCAUGUAGAAGUCUAUCUUAUGUGUCCACAUGCAGGCUAAGCCAGCUGAAAGAUAAGAAAUCUAGCGAAGAAAUUGGGGUUUCCGCCCCGGCUCCAAGAACAGAUUUUAGGAAUCGUAACCCUCGGGACAAGGAGUACCAAGGAUUAGACAAGCCGAGAGGCUAUUCCACACAGUUUAACAGAAGAGAUUACUACAAUAAGCUAUGUCUUGACAUCUCUAAUCGUCACAUCAAAGCAUAUGUGCAGCAUAACACAGGGACGAUCCUAGCUUCAGCUUCAACCACAGAGUUCCCAAUCGCAAAGCGCUUGUACAAAACUACAGACACAUCAGCUGCUGCUAACAUAGGCAGGGUGUUGUCUCAGAGAUGCACUGAGGCGGGACUUACUAGAGUUUACUGGGCACCAGAAUGGGCUGACAAGAGAAAGUUAAGGGUGAAAGCGUUCAUGAGCACCAUACAAAAGGGCGGCAUCAAGCUUACUGAGCCAAAAGCCUCCAGGCUUCUGCAAGACUUUUUCUCAGAUUUCAAACCAAAGAGUACCAGAAAACGUUGGAAACGAAUGCCUAAUUCUGAGAAGAGAAAGUUUAUCAAAUAAGAUCGCCAGGGAAAUGAUGUUCAUUGGGGAACACAAGAGUUGAUGUCGCUGGUUCUUAAGCUACAUACCUGCAUCACCCAGUAACUAGGGAGAAUUGUGUGAAAGGAAAGGCAAACUAUAUCUCCAUAAAGUUUUCUUUAUUGUGGUCCCUUUCCCUUGGAGCUCUCUCUAUCUGUUUUGCUGAUUUAGAAGUUGUGGUAAGAUAUAUCGUCGUUUAUCUUGACACAAUUAGUGAUUGUGUGACACUUCUCCUUUCUUCUCAUGUGGGGUGCCUUAUAAACAAGUCAGGGGCAUAGCCAGGGGGGUGGCCUAGGGGGCCCGGGCCCCCCCUUUUAGCAGCCAAAAAUACAGUAAAUGUAUGAGAAAUGAUCUAAAAGAAAGGAGAAAAUUCCACGAAAGUCCCUUUUGGGCCACCUCCUGUUAAAAAUCCUGUCUAAGCCGCUGCAAGUGGAAAAAGGGUUGACAUCUAAACUUACACCUGGGUGUUAGUUAGCAAUGUAAUGUUUGAUAUCUGAUAAAAAAUAAAAGAUAUUGUAUAAUCUA